AUGUGUAUUGACUAUAGGAAGCUCAAUAAUGCUACAAGGAAGGAUCACUUCCCCUUACCUUUCAUUGAUCAGAUGCUUGAGAGUGUAGCCGGCCAUGCUUUCUAUUACUUUUUAGAUGGAUACUCUGGCUAUAAUCAAACUAUAGUAGACCCUCAAGACCAGAAGAAGACGGUGUUCAAUUGUCCCUUUGGAGUAUUUGCUUACCGAAGGAUGCCGUUUAGACUCUACAUUACAAAUUAUAAGGCCAUAAGGUUCAUCCCCAAGGAGUACACUAAGCCACAAGUCAAAAAGCUUUUACAUGAUGCUAAGUACUACUUGUGGGAUGAACCUUACGUUUUCAAGCGAUGCUCGGAUGGGAUGAUCAGAUGUUGUGCCUCCGACGAGGAAACACAACAAAUCCUCUGGCAUUGUCACGGUUCUGAGUAUGGAAGCCACUUUGGGGAGAAAAAACAUCCACCAUGGUUCUUCAGAGUGGGUUCUACUGGCUGA